AUGUCGAAGAAAGUUGUUCUCCGGCCGACGGUAUCAUCAACUCACCGGCGGCAACCGCUCCUACGGCAAAGCAAGAGUUCCGGCAGGGCGGUGACGCAGCUGGGGGAGGCGGUGGGAGGAGCAGCCGCUGUAUGCUGCUGCUGCCCCUUCGGCCUCGCCAACCUCAUGUACCUGGCGAUCUACAAGGUACCAGCCAGCCUGUGUCAGCGGGCGCUGAAGAAGACGAAGCAGCGCCGCCGACGGCACCACCUUCCCACCGCAGGGGAGGAGGUGGUGUUUCCUCAGACGCGGCGCUGCACGUGCGCUUGCUGCGAUGACUUUAGCGCCCGUGUCUACCCAGCGUGCGGAUCGCUUGAUGAUGUGGCAGGCAUGAUGGGCAGUGGUUUGGAGGAGAAAGAAGACAAUAAGGAGCUUAUGGAGUUGGAGAAGGAGAUGUGGGACCGGUUUUAUAGCACUGGAUUUUGGAGAAGCCCUUCACAAAGAGAUGACUCUUUCUUAUCAUCAACAACACAAUCACAAGUUUCUUCUGUUUCCAAUCUUCAGGUUCUUGCUGUAUAA